AUGGCGAUCGGAGCCAUAUUGGAGCCUGGCAUUGUCGUGGGUCUCCUCGCCGGUGGUACCCUCGUCAAUCGCAACACUACCUACACCAGCUCAACUGCCUCAAGCCGAAGAGCUUCUUGGCACCCGCUCGAUCAGACCGACCCCGAGGCGCUACCAUCCGCAUCGCUUUUGAACGACGAGCAAAAUUUCGAAGGAGGCAGGAAAGCCAAGGUCGAGGAAGAUGAGUACACCAGCGAUAGCAGGAGACCGUGGAGCCCAUCGCGGUCCAGUUCGUCGUCGACUGUGGUAGAGAACCAGGCGAUCGAAAAGGAUCUCCCAUACGGAAAGAGGUUCCGCACCUUGAAGUUUAUGGGCUGGGAACGGGAGGUCGUCACGCCGAACACCGAGAUUCAUCGCGACCGAUUACUGAGCCGCGUCCUGCGCAAGUUCCCCUUCCUUGUCGAGGUGUGGUACUGGGCUCUGAUUUACUGGGUCUACCAACUUGGACGAGCCUUCACGGCUGUAACUCUCAAGGCCAGCACAGUCGAUACCGCGCGCGAGCAUGCCCUUCAAAUUAUUCAUAUGGAGAAGCGCCUGCGCAUCUUUGUCGAGCCCAUCGUCCAGGGCUGGUUCCUUGGACACCCGACCAUCCUCAAGUGGACGAACCGAACCUACUCCUUCAUCCACAUUCCCGGCACCAUUCUCUUCCUCAUCGUCCUCUUCUACGUCACCACCACUCGCCCCCGCGCCCGCAUCCACGAGAACCAUGGUGGAGGCGCCCUUGUCCGCGACUGGCGCAACUUCGUCAACCACUUCGGCCCGGAUGUGUACGAGCGCCGGAGACGUACCAUGGCCAUGUGCAACCUUUUGGCCUUCAUCGUAUUUACUUUCUGGCCCUGCAUGCCGCCCAGACUCCUCAGCGACCCCACCUACAACGGCGAGGACGCGAAGGAGGCCAAGUCGUAUGGAUUUGUGGAUACCGUGCACGGAAAGGAUGGUGAUAGCAGUGUCUGGACUACCAACAAGUUCUGCAACCAAUACGCUGCCAUGCCCUCCCUGCACUUCGGAUACUCUUUCCUCAUCGGCCUCACGAUUGCCACCGUUCCCCUGAGGAGACAGGGCCGCUUCGGGUGGAAGAGACUUGUCGCCAUUUUCACCGGCAUGGUUUACCCUGCCAUCAUUCUUACGGCCAUUGUCGCAACUGCCAACCACUUUGUUCUGGAUGCGGUGGCCGGAGCUUGCGCUUGCCUAAUCGCCUGGAAGUUCAACCACGUGCUUCUCAACCUCCUCCCCAUUGAGGACUGGUUUUUGCACGUACUCAGGAUGCACAAGCCCAAUUAA